CGCCCGCGCGCGCCUUAUCUGUCUGCCCCGGGGAGGGCAGCCCAGCGCAGGGCUCUCACGCCGCCGGGGGUGGGAGCCGGUGAGUGGUGGUGGGAGGGAGGGAGCGCGCGCGGGCGGCGGCCCCUCCCCUCCUCCUCCCGCCGCCGCGGAGAGCGCAGGGAGCAGCCGGGGGCUCGGCGGCGGCGGCGGCGGCGGCGGCGGCGGCGGCGGCGGCGGCGGCGGCGGCGUCUGGCCCCAGCUCCUCCUCCUCUUUUUCCUCCUCCUCCAUCUCCUCGCUCCCUCCAUCUGCCGUGGUUAUGGCCCGUCGCUGGAGCACAAAAGAGUCUCCGCGGUGGAGGUCUGCGCUGGUCUUGCUUUUCCUCGCCGGGGUGUACGGAAAUGGUGCUCUUGCAGAACAUUCUGAAAAUGUGCAUAUUUCAGGAGUGUCAACUGCCUGUGGAGAGACUCCAGAACAGAUUCGAGCACCAAGCGGUAUAAUCACAAGCCCAGGCUGGCCUUCUGAGUAUCCCGCCAAGAUCAACUGUAGCUGGCUCAUAAGGGCAAACCCGGGGGAAAUUAUUACUAUAAGUUUUCAGGACUUUGAUAUUCAGGGGUCCAGAAGAUGCAGUUUGGACUGGUUGACAAUAGAAACAUUCAAGAACAUCGAAAGUUACCGAGCUUGUGGUUCCACGAUUCCACCACCGUACAUUUCUUCCCAAGACCACGUGUGGGUCAGGUUCCACUCCGAUGACAGUAUCUCUAGAAAGGGUUUCAGACUGGCGUAUUUUUCAGGGAAGUCGGAGGAACCGAACUGUGCCUGUGACCAGUUUCGUUGUGGGAAUGGAAAGUGUAUCCCGGAAGCCUGGAAGUGCAAUGACAUGGACGAGUGUGGAGACAGUUCCGAUGAAGAGAUCUGUGCUAAAGAAGCUAAUCCCCCAACAUCUGCCUCUUUCCAGCCCUGUGCUUACAACCAGUUCCAGUGUCUGUCUCGGUUUACCAAAGUUUACACCUGCCUGCCCGAAUCUUUAAAAUGCGAUGGGAACAUUGACUGCCUUGACCUAGGAGAUGAGAUAGACUGUGAUGUGCCAACGUGUGGGCAGUGGUUAAAAUAUUUUUAUGGUACUUUUAAUUCUCCCAAUUACCCAGACUUUUAUCCUCCUGGAAGCAAUUGCACCUGGCUAAUAGACACCGGUGACCACCGUAAAGUCAUUUUACGCUUCACCGACUUUAAACUUGAUGGUACUGGUUAUGGUGAUUAUGUGAAAAUAUACGAUGGGUUAGAGGAGAACCCACACAAGCUCUUGCGUGUGUUAACUGCCUUUGAUUCUCAUGCACCUCUUACCGUUGUUUCUUCCUCUGGACAGAUAAGGGUGCAUUUUUGUGCUGAUAAAGUGAAUGCUGCCAGGGGCUUUAAUGCCACUUACCAAGUAGAUGGCUUCUGUCUGCCAUGGGAGAUACCCUGCGGCGGUAACUGGGGCUGUUACACUGAGCAGCAGCGCUGUGAUGGGUAUUGGCACUGCCCAAAUGGGAGGGACGAGACCAACUGCACCAUGUGCCAGAAGGAAGAGUUCCCGUGCUCCCGGAACGGCGUCUGUUACCCUCGUUCUGAUCGCUGCAACUACCAGAAUCACUGCCCAAACGGCUCAGACGAAAAAAACUGCUUUUUUUGCCAGCCUGGAAAUUUUCACUGUAAAAACAACCGCUGUGUGUUUGAGAGCUGGGUGUGCGAUUCUCAGGAUGACUGCGGCGAUGGCAGCGACGAGGAGAACUGCCCAGUCAUCGUGCCCACCAGAGUCAUAACCGCCGCCGUCAUCGGCAGCCUGAUCUGCGGCCUGUUGCUGGUCAUCGCGCUGGGGUGCACCUGUAAGCUUUACUCUCUGAGGAUGUUUGAGCGCAGAUCAUUUGAAACACAGUUGUCAAGAGUGGAAGCAGAAUUGCUCAGAAGAGAAGCCCCUCCCUCUUACGGACAGUUGAUCGCUCAGGGUUUAAUUCCGCCAGUUGAAGACUUUCCUGUUUGUUCGCCUAACCAGGCUUCUGUUCUGGAAAACCUGAGGCUAGCUGUGCGGUCGCAGCUCGGAUUCACCUCCAUCAGACUCCCCAUGGCAGGCAGAUCCAGCAGCAUUUGGAAUCGUAUCUUUAAUUUUGCAAGAUCACGUCAUUCGGGGUCUUUGGCUCUGGUCUCAGCAGAUGGUGACGAGGUCGUCCCUAGUCAGACUACCAGCAGAGAACCUGAAAGAAACCACACUCACAGAAGUCUGUUUUCCGUGGAGUCAGACGACACCGACACGGAAACUGAGAGAAGAGACACGGCAGGAGCGUCUGGUGGGGUUGCAGCUCCUUUGCCCCAGAAAGUCCCUCCCACAACAGCAGUGGAAGCAACGGUGGGAGCCAGUGGAAGUUCCUCAACCCAGAGUACCCGAGGCGGCCACACGGAUAAUGGAAGGGAUGCAACAAGUGGGGAACCCCCAAGUGUGAGUCCAGCCCGACACCAGCUCUCAAGUGCACUAAGUCGUAUGACUCAGGGGCUGCGUUGGGUACGUUUUACAUUAGGGCGGUCAAGCUCCGUCAGUCAGAACCAGAGUCCUUUGAGACAGCUUGAUAACGGGGCCAGUGGAAGAGAGGAAGAUGACGAUGUUGAAAUGCUAAUUCCAGUUUCUGAUGGAGCUUCAGACUUGGAUGUGAAUGACUGCUCUAGACCUCUUCUUGAUCUUCCCUCAGACCAAGGACAAGGCUUCAGGCAGCCAUACACUGCAACAAACGCUGGAGGAAGGCCAGCUAAUCGAGAUGGCCCCUGCGAGCGCUGUGGCAUUGUCCACACGGCGCAGAUCCCGGACACUUGCUUAGAAGCGACGCUGAAAAACGAAACGAGUGAUGAUGAGGCUUUGUUACUUUGUUAGGUACGAAUCACAUGAGGGAGAUUGUAUACAAGUUGGAGCAAUAUCCAUUCAUUGUUUUGUAACUUUACAAUUGAACUAGUAUUAAUUUAAAAAGGAAGAAGAUGCAGGGUGAUUUCUUAUUAUAUGUUAGCCUGCAUGGUUAAAUUAAACAAUUUGUAACUCUAUGAACUUCAGAGUUUGCUAUUUUAGCAGCUAAAAAUGCAUUAUGUAUUCAUGUUGUUCAAUAAUGUUCUUCCGUUUGUUUCUCAUUGUUUUUAUCCUGGUACUGUAGUUCAUGUUAGAAAUAUGGCUGCUGAAACUCAUUUGAUGUCAGUUCAUCGUACGUUGUAACAAUUAUUUGUACAAAAUAGCUUCUUUUAAUUGAACACUUUCUGCUUUUGCCAGUACUCUUGUAACUUAAUACAUUAGAUGUUAUGGUUGUUACUGUACUCCCAAGGGGGAAAAAAGAACCUUAUAUUCACCUGUGUUUUUAUUUAUAUAACAUUUGUCUAAAUAUUACUGGGUUUCAUCAUAAUAAGAGCUUGUCAGAGGGAAUAAAAAAACCUUGCCUAAAAUUUUUUCUCUUAUGUUGAACAUGCAGUGAUAUGAAAUUUAGAUAGAAUUAGAUUAAAUUAAUAGCAGAAACAGAACUCUUUUAUAGAUUUUUCUAAUAUUGACUUUAAUACUCUAAUAUGGUACAAACCAAAUGGUAAAUCCCAAGUCAUUUCUUUUUUCAUCUCUAUUGAGGGACAGGAUUAAGCGGAUGAAGAUACUCUACUAUGCAUUAAAUCUUAAACUUUAUAAAAUGUGUACAAAAGUUGUACAAGAUAAGUUCCAGCCGGUCAUGUCUUUCCCUGAUGCAGGGCUGUGCUUGCAUUGCACCCCAGGGAUUUGCACUGAAGCCGUACACGUCUCAGAUGAGUUUGGUGCGCACGCACUCUCACUUUAAAUACUAUUAUUUGCUACCACAGUGACUAUAUAUUUCCAUAGCUUUGGGGGUCGUGGGGGGCAUUUUUAUUACAACUUGAAAUUGCUUUGCUGGUUUUAUAUUUAUUUUGUUGUAUUUAAAGACUGCAUUAUUAUAAGAAAGUGACUUUUUCAAUAUAUUUUAUUCAUGAGGGGGAUCAUGCUACACGCUGAAAAACAAAUUAAGAAAUCAUUUAGAUCAGCCCCCUAUUUUAAGUAGACUGAUUUGCAAACCCCACAUUAUUUUUAUUGUCAGUUCUUGUUUAUUUAUUCUUUAGGUGUCUGUUUUAGUAGCUUAAUGACUGAGUAUGAAAAAAUGUAUUUGUGUGUGAUUAUUGCUAUUUAUUAAAUUUUAAAUACUUUGCUGAAUGUCAUUUUCAAGCAUGUUUGAGGUCUUGUGUAUUUGUCGUGUUAUGCUGUCAGGAAGAACUGACUGAAAUGUUUUAAUAUGUAUCAAAAAUUAAACUGACUUUUUUUGUA